UGAUCCUCAGGAAAUGGUCCGUCAAGCAAAGAAUCUUGCAGAAGCAACUUCAGCUCUAGUGAAUGCAAUAAGAAGAGAAGCUGAGAAUGAAACUGACCCUGACGCCAGACACAGACUACUUGAUGCUGCUAAGGCUCUUGCUGAUGCUACCUCUAAGAUGGUGGAAGCUGCUAAAAUGGCAGCAAAGAAUCCUAAUGAUGAAAAUGCUGAGAAGAACCUAAGAAUGGCUGCCGAACAUUUACGUGCUGUAACUAACGCAACGGCAAUGUCAGCCAUGAAGAAGAAGGCAAUCAAGAAGUUGGAAAUGGCGGCUAAACAAGCAAGCGCCGUCUCCACUCAACUCAUUGCAGCUGCCCAGGGAGCAGGAGCCUCUAACAGGUAUUGUAAUGAU